AAAUUCCAAAUCACCUCGCACACAAAAUGCGUUUCUCUUUCCUGGCCGUUGUUGUUGCUUUGACAGCAUCUAUGUCUGUCAGUGCAUGUAGCAUGUUGCUUUGCAACACAACUGAAGAUUGCUGCCCAACCUGGACUGCGGACCUUAGAUUGAUGGUAUGUACUGCGCAUAGGUUGAAAAUUGAGCUGGCAGCCAGAGCAGCACGUCGCAACAGUGCAGUGAGCCGUGUUUCUGCUUUCGUUUUGGCAGCGUCAUGAUUGAUGGUGUAACACCUAGUUCAGAUUCAAUCAGUACAGUCGUUUUGGACAAAUUUUCACACUACUCGAGCAAUGCGGAUGUUUGAACUUAUCUGACAAUGACCGGCCGUCCCCAGUCUUGCUCGCGGUCCACUAAGC